GUUGCUCUGUGACUUUUUGGGUCCUCGUUUCUGUCUUUUCGUUUUUUUUAGUUAAUUUGCGUACUUUUUUGUGAAAAGAGUAGUUUCAUUAAGAGUUUUUAUUAUUCAUAGUAGAGCUACCUGUCCUUUUUUGGCUUAAUUUCUGGCCACUGCUUGAUUUUUCCCUAACCCCUUGUUCUUUUACCCUCUAACCUCACACAGCCUGCAAUGAUGUGGGAAUUCCGCUCUUUCGCCUUCUGGAGAGCGAUUUUCGCCGAGUUCUUUGCCACCAUGUUUUAUGUUUUCUUUGGUUUGGGUGCAUCGUUGAAGUGGGCAGCUGGACCAGCCAAUGUACUGAACAUUGCACUAGCCUUUGGCUUUGCCCUAGCCACACUAGUCCAAUCUGUUGGCCAUAUCAGUGGUGCCCAUAUCAACCCUGCAGUCACCUUUGCCUUCCUUAUCGGCUCACAGAUGUCCUUCUUCCGUGCCAUAUUUUACAUCGCUGCACAGCUACUGGGUGCUGUUGCUGGAGCCGCAGUACUUUAUGGUGUUACACCUACGGCAGUUCGUGGCAACUUGGCUCUCAAUACGAUCCAUCCUGGAGUGAGCCUCGGUCAGGCAACCACUGUGGAAGCAUUCCUGACUCUUCAGUUUGUGCUGUGUAUCUUUGCCACUUUUGAUGAAAGGAGGAAUGGCCGCAUGGGAUCCGUUUCAUUGGCUCUUGGAUUUUCUGUUGCUCUCGGACAUCUCUUUGGAAUUUACUACACUGGAGCCAGCAUGAACCCUGCAAGAUCCUUUGCCCCAGCUGUACUUACCCGAAACUUUGUCAAUCACUGGGUCUACUGGGUUGGCCCUAUCAUCGGUGGAGCAGUUGGAGGUCUGGUUUACGACUUUAUCCUUUUUCCCAGGAUGAGAGGCCUGAAUGAGAGACUUUCAAUCCUUAAAGGAGCCCGGCCAGCAGAGCCUGAGGGCCAGCGUGAAACAAUUAGAGAUCCCAUAGAGCUGAAAACACAAUCUCUAUAAAUGAGACCUCUUCCCAACCAGAUAGCAGCAUAGAGACGUUAAGAUAUUAUAUAUACAGUAUACAUAUACACAGUUUUGGCCUAGACAGAAUACUCAUCGAAGGUGUGUUUGGGGAGAGAGAUCUGGGUUAUAUUUUGAAAGAUCUAUUUUCUAUGUAAACUAUGGGUACCGAGUUGAAGUAAAGGCAAAUGGACAUUAUUGAUGCAAGAGACAGAGGCGGGUGGGUUAAAGGGACACAAAAAUCGAUUUUGGAAAAACGGGUUUAAUCCUAUAUAUCAAUAAAAUAUGAUACACCAAUA